AAACAAACAAGUCUUUACCACAAACAACGAAUUCAAUGUUAUAUUUUAAUCGAAUUAGUGCAUUUAGAUAUACAUAAUCAAAUAGUAUUUCGCAUCUCUAGUUCUUGUUAUUGUUUUAAAUGUAUAAUUUAAUAGUCACAUGUAUGUAACCAUUGCGAAUAGUCCAUCCUCACUCUAUACAAGAUAUACCUUAUGACAGGUAGAUUUUAUUUUAUUGGCAACAGAACACAAAUAAGUAAAAGCAACUCUAUAAAAUGGUGAAGUCUAGCCUAGCAUGUGGACUCCUGUCAUGCUUGGGCCAAAGCUGGAAGGAGGAUCCUUUUAAAGAUUUUGUUGUGAUAGUUGAAGACACAGACUUUCACUGUCACAGGUUUAUAUUAAGUGCCUGCUCCAGUUUUUUUAAAUGUAUGUUCCAAAGUGAUCUGAGAGAGAAACAAGAUGGCUGUACGACCCUACAGGACAUGAGCAGUGAAACUUUUGAUGUUAUAAUCAACGCGAUUUACAGUGGAGUUGAUGGCUUGACUGAAGAUAAUGUGAUUGAUGUCUGGCAUGCUACUCACAUGUUGGAUAUACCUUUCCUUGUGCAGGAGUGUGAAGAAUUUGCAUGCCAGAUCAUGUCACUUAAUAACUAUAUUGCUUUGUUCGAAACGGCAAAACUUUUAGAUUCAAAAUCUGUUACAAAUUUUGCAAUUAAUUUCAUUAAAGCCAAUUAUGAGCAUUUUGUAGAAACUGAAACGUUUCUAAAUGUUUCUUUUAACCUAAUCCUCUCUUUGAUUAAAAAUGAUAACCUAAAAGUAACAUCCGAAAACUGUGUGUUGGAAUCGAUUCUAACGUGGAUUAAUUUUGACAAAAAAAACAUUCAAAAACUGAAUCAAAUAAAGAAUGAGCUCAAAGAUGAUCACAGUGAGGAAAGUUCGAGAGGGGGAAUAACUUCGGAUGACUUUUCUACUCUAGAGCAGCAAAUUAGAUAUGUGGAUGCGAAAUGUGCAACUCCAAAUGUAAAUAUCAAUAGUGGGUGUUUAAAACAUGUUAAAGAAUCAAAACUACCUUUGGGAAAUAGGAAAAGAGAUCGAUUUCUAAGAAAAGAAACAAAAGAGGAAGAAAAGAAACACCAGCUUGUGAAGCUUUUGUCAGCUGCUAGGACUACAUUGGCGACACGAGAUUACUUAGACAAAUUGAUGGAACAUCCGUUGAUUCUAUCAUGUCCUGAAGCAUUCAAGAUUAUUCAUGACUCGCUGAUGUGCAUUUGGAACUCUUCAGCUACUAACACACUCAGUGACUACAGACUCAGUAGUUCUUUUAGAAGUGUCAUGGCAUUUGUAUCUAACAACCAAGUGAAACUGUUUUCAUUUAAUGAUGAAAAUAUAUACUCUCUUGAUAAUAUUAAUAACCAUCCAAUAGAUACUUCGUGUGAAAUUUCAAGUAUAAAUUCAGCUAUUUUCUACUUUUACUUAGAGAAAAAAGAAUGUUCAGGUUUUGGUCAUUCCUGGUCUUUACAACCCCAGGGGCACAUAUUAGCAAAACUGGAAGACCAUCUACAUUCACCAAAAAUAAUUUUUAAGAAAGACAAAGAUCUAUAUAAUAAUUUGUUGGUACCUUUUCAUAACUCCGUCUUUUUGUUGGUAUAUUCAGAAUAUAAUAUUCCAAAUAUAGACCCAUCAUGUCAACUAGUUACUCUAAAACUAUCUAAAGAACCGAAACGAACCGUUGUCUAUGAAGACAAUAUUAUAAUUGUUUACCGUUCUUUAGAAGUUGAUUGUUACAAUAUCACUACUAAACGCUUUGAGCCAUACUCGUUUGAAGGCUUAAGUGACAAUUUUAUUUCGUUCUUCAAAGGAAAAGAUCUUUUUAUCCUCCAGGCAAACGGUGUCUUAAGAAAAGUUGGGAAAGACAUUAGGUCAAAAAUUGAGCUUAAAGUCAUCACAAAACUUUGGGAUGGAAAUAUUUCACUUACUGGCGCUGCUUACUUUAGAAAAAAUCUAGUUCUUUUUUCUAAACAAGAAACUAAAAUUUGUAUCUCACAGUUGACUGGGUUGUUUGAAAAUAUCCGGGUGAUAACAUUAGCAAGUGACACAAACUUGACCCCAACGAUCGUACCAGUGUCUUGGCUUAAAACCGCAUAG